UUUCAUCAUUUUCCUAAUUUCAGAUGGAAAAAAUGUUUGUAGUUUAUCUGCGGGUAUUGAACCUGGAAAAUAAAAUGGAAGAAUUCCAACUCAUCCUUCCAAUUCAAGAUCAAAUAUUUACCGACAUCAACAAAUUGAUUUUAAAAGUGUUAACACCAGACAUUAUAAAUCAGUCUGAGGCUAUUAGUAUAAAUUCCAUCAUAGAUGGACAAGAUACUCAAACUGAAGAAUUAAUUUUAAAUUUUACAAAUUUCCAUGAUGAAAGUUGCAAUGAUGCAACGCUCUUAAACACAGAAAGCAUUUUUCUAACGACUGAUAUAAGCGAACCUCUAGAAAAUAGUGAUCAGAUCAAAGACAUUAACUUAGAAAAUAAAACUAAUAAAGAAAAUAUUUUAGUUAAAAGUUCUUUAUUUGCGACGGAGAAAUUAAAACUUGAAUGUUCUCACCAAGAUUGUAAAACUGAGUUCAGAACUAAUAAAGCACUGAAGCUUCACCAGAAGACAGAGCAUGAGCAGUUUUUCUGUAGCAUCUGCUUAGUCCUUUUCAACUCCACUUCAGCACGUUCAUCUCACGUGUGUAAGAAUGAAUGUGACAUCUGCCGACGUACAUUUACAAGUUUAGAAUGUCUAAAGAGACACAAAGCAAUUCAUGACGAUAUAAAACCAUUUACAUGUGAUCAGUGUGGCAAUUCGUUUCGACAGCAGUCAAUCUUGGCAAGACACUUACUGACACACAGUAAAGUGAAUACAGUUGUUUGUGAUAUUUGUCAAAAAGGGUUUCGUCACAAGCAUUAUUUACAUAAACAUAAACUAGUUCACACGGGAGAGAAGCCGCAUAAAUGUGAUACUUGCGGUAAAGGAUUCACUCAGCGCUCUAACCUGGCAAAACACAUCAAGCAAAACCAUUCUUCUUCAAAAGAAUUCAGUUGUUCUUUUUGUGACAAAACUUUCGUCGGGGUUUAUUAUCUCAACAGACAUCUUCUCACGCAUAAAAAUAAGGGCCGAGAAUGGGAAGUAGAACUUUUGUUACCUGAGCCUAUAGAGAGUUCAGAAAGCUGUUUAAAUAUCAGAACCAUUGGAUGUCCUGAGUGUAGUGUUACUGUAAAGAAUGUGGAUAAUUUACAUCGGCAUAUGCUAGAGUAUCACAGCAUUUUAGUUUAAAUCCCUAUUUUGUUCUUCUACACAAAGUAAUUUCUAAUUUCUGUUGAUUGUUUUCUACUGAUAAAAACUAAAUGGAGCGAGGAACAUUAAAUUCAAUGGGCAUUCCGAGUUUACGACUGCUAAUAACAUAUCAAAGAAUGAAUAAAAAAAAAUCGUCUAAAGUA